UAUAAUUAUAAUUAAGGUUUGAUUAUAAAAGACGCAUGUAUAUAACCUAUAAUUAAUCAUUAAAAUUGAAAAAUUGAUACAAUAAUAAAAAAUUGUGUAACAUAUUGUAAAAAAACAUACUUUUUAUGUUAUUUGGUUAAUAUUAAUUCAAAUGAACAAUGCCAAAAUAUUAUUGUGAUUAUUGUGAUACGUAUUUAACACAUGAUUCGCCGAGUGUAAGAAAAACUCACUGUCAGGGUCGUAAACAUAAGGACAAUGUUAAAUAUUUUUAUCAAAAAUGGAUGGAAGAACAAGCACAACAUUUAAUUGAUGCAACAACAGCAGCAUUCAAAGCUGGGAAAAUCGCUUCUAAUCCUUUUGCAGCAAACAAAGGAGCAGCAAUUCCACCACCUCCAAAUCUUGGUCCACGACCUGGAGUACCACCUCAGGGUCCACCAGGUAUGAUGCCACCUCCAGGCAUGCAUCCUGGUGGCCCAAUGGGUCCUGGAGGCCCAAUGAUGAUGGGACCACAUGGACCAAUGCCACCUAUGAUGGGUAUGAGACCACCUAUGAUGGGACCUAUGGGACCAAUGGGACCAAUGAUGGGUCCUAUGGGACCUAUGGGUCCAAUGAGGCCUCCAAUGAAUGGACCACCACCACCUAUGGGAGGACCUCCACCGAUGAAGAAAUAAUGAAGAAGAUAUAUAAUUUUAACUAUUUUUUAAUUAUAUUGGUAUAAAUAAUUCAUCAAUUCAUUAUAUAUAUUCAAUAGCAUGGUAUUAACAUGUACGUGUAAAUAUGAUUCAUUAAAAAUUUGAAUUCCCUUCCAUAA